AGAAAUUCGUCACAUGUGCGACAAGUCAGCUGGAAGUGCUCUCAGUCACCCUUUGCUGUCGGAUGGUAACAAGCCUUACUCCUCUCUGCACUACUUCAUAAAAAUGCUCCUCCGGCCAAAAAUAAGAAGCGUUCAUCUCUUGUUUGCUUUACGCAUUACGCCAGCCAGAUAUGAAAGUUCUGCAAAAGAAGGUGUCAUUUUACAAUCUACAUCGAACAAUGUUUAUGAAAACCUAGCUAUUGAAGACUGGAUUCAUGAUCAAAUGAACCUAGAAAACAAGAAUGUUCUGUUUAUCUGGAGGAAUGUGCCAGCUGUUGUUAUUGGUAGGCAUCAAAAUCCUUGGCGAGAAUGCAAUAUUCCUUUAAUGAGAGAAAGGGGCAUCUGUCUAGCAAGAAGACGCAGUGGUGGUGGCACUGUGUAUCAUGAUCUUGGCAACAUCAAUUUAACUUUUUUCACAUCGAGAAAAAGAUACGAUAGAAUGGAAAACCUAAACUUGGUUAUCAGGGCACUUAAAGCGCUGCAGCCUAAAGUGGAUGUACAAGCAACCAGUAGAUUUGAUCUGCUCUUAGAUCAGACGUUUAAAAUAUCAGGGACUGCAGCAAAACUGGGAAGGACUGUUGCUUACCACCACUGUACUUUACUUUGUACUGCAAAUAGUUCUCUCCUACCAAUGGUGUUAGAAAGCCCUUACCGUGGUAUAAAAAGUAAUGCUACUCCUAGUGUGCCUUCACUGGUAAGGAAUCUGUCUGAUGCAGAUUCUUCAUUGACUUGUGAAUCUGUCAUGGAUGCUGUGGCAUCUGAAUACUCUGCACACUACAACAAUAAGCCUCAUGUUCACUUAAUAGACCCAAUGGAUGAAUCACUCUUCCCUGGUAUUAGUCAGAAAAAAAGGGAUUUGUACACUUGGGAAUGGAUUUAUGGAAAAACUCCAAUAUUUUCACUUAAAACGACUUUUCAGAUUUUGUACCAGAAUUCCUUAGUUGAUUUCAAACUAAGUAUGCAAAUAAAAAAUGGAUAUAUAGAAGAGUGUUCUAUAGAUUUUCCUAACCACUGGCUCCCUAAAGACCUUUCUAAUGAUCUGCAAAGUGCCUUGGAGGGCUGUAAAUUUUGUCCUACUGAAACAGCUUUUUUAGUAAGCACCUUCGUAAGGACCUAUCCUCAAGAUGACGAAGUGCAUACAAAGUGCAAUGUAUUGUGCGAGAAGCUUGUUUCAAUAAUGUGAUUUUAGCAUAUCAACAGUAAUGUUUUGUUCCUGUUGGUGGCCAGUGACUAUUGUUUUCAGGCAUUCAAAUAAUUAAUAAAAUGCCAUUCAAACCAUAACCAGUAUUAUAACUUUUUCAGUUAAGUAGUGUAAUAGCUCUACUCUUUUUUUAUGAAACAAUGUACUUUGCUACAGCAAUUCACAUUUGUUAGUGGCCAGUGCUUCAUUAGAUUAAAAACUUAAUGUGUCUGACAUUGUACUGAAAAGGGGACUUACAUUUUUAAAGUUACUUGUGAGUUUCUCUGAAUUUGUUAUAUUUGCUGAUUUUGCUGUCUUGUGCUUUAUAACAGCAGUGUUAAAUUACUAUCUGAGUCAAAGAUUUUCUAUCUGGAAGGGGUUUUCUUCCACAUGAUCUGCACCAGCUGCUGCAAGGCACAUCAAAAGUCAUUUAAAAAAAAAAAAAAAUGGUGUCUUCAUACUAGGGAGGCACCGAAUUCAAAAUUCUGUUGGAAAUUCAGCCAAGAGUCUGCUUUUUUUCAGCAUGAUUCGGCUGAAUCUACAUGCCUGGACAAACAAAUCCUUAAAAUCUCAUAUGACUUUUCAUUGCAUAAAUACGGAAGUUGAACAUUUGUAACUGUUCCGUGGCCUAAUUUGCAUAUGUAAAUUAAGAGUUGGAUUUGGUUCUGUAUCCCGCUAAAUCUUUUACUAAGGGUUUGCAGGUUUAUUUUAAGUUACAGGAAGGAACAUAGGCAAAGCAAUUUGGAAAGCAAGUUUGCCUGAAAAAACAUUGGGCGCCAUGUUUACAGAUGAAUACCCCAUAUUUCCUAAAAUAAAAUUCGAGACAGCGCUGUCUGAGUAUGAAAAUGAAAUGGAAUUGUUGUGAAUUGUUAUCAGUAGCCUGUUAUCUCAAGAAAAAAAAAAUCCACACUAUAAUACAACAAAAUAUGUAGCACAAAUCAUCCCUGCAUAUAGAAAAUAGACACAUUUUGAACAGAUGUGUGGGUACGUCCUAGAACAUGCAGAAUGCACUUCCAAACUACAGAAAAUUAUCUGCCUGCAAUUUAGACUAAAGCAAAAAAUAACACUUGCAGGACUUGUCAAUCCAAAGGCAUAAUAAAUCAUUACACUGUUCCACCUUAACCCUCUAUUUACCUGUGUAUGAUGACACCUGGUUUUGCUGGCACACCCAGCUAAAUACAUUUAUUGAACUGCACAUCUGAAUAAAUGCAUUUAAAUAAGGAAUACAAUAUAGAUUACCUGCAUAUUAUUAAAGUGUCUUGGAGCUUUUGUUCAGUAAUAGUGGGAGACAUUUAUGUAAGCUUGCACAUAUGUAUGAACCAAAAGGGGACACAUUCUGUGUGUGCGGCAUUGUGUACUUCUAUUAUAAAAACAUUUAUACAAAAUCAAAAGUACUGGGAAUAGAACCCUGUUGAACAGAGCUACAGUCCCUUGCUCUUGACACAUUUUCUUUGCGACGUUUUUUGUUACAAUGGAUAGUACAUGGUUUGCUACAUUUCACCAGCCAUCUGGUUGCUAUUUUGUAUUUCUUUGUGUUUAUGUGUUUACCAGGGUUUUACUCCCAGUACUUUUGAUUUUGUCUGAACAGUUGUUUUUUGACAGUUAUGCUUUCACAAUCUUAUAAUGGGUUUCCACUAUGUGGGUGGGUAUGGGUGACGUUACAGCCAAGUCACUUGGCGCCAAAAUUUCUCUCAGGGUAUUUAGUGGGGGUUUGGAUUGUAUGAGGCAUCUUGAAAAAGGUCCCAAGAUGUGACCUAUAUAGAAACAUGUACAUGGAAACAUAAGGCAUAAUGACAAGUCAUUUACUGCAAACUGUUAGAACCAAUAAGCAUAAUUGACUUUUUUUAUUAUGACCCCAAAGUUUGGAAUUGGAUUUAUGACUUUCAAUUGUUAAGUUGUAUCUGUGCUAUUAAAAAAGUUAUUUUGGUUGCAUAGUUGCCUAUAGUGUCAUAAUUCCUUCAAGGGGUAGUUCCCUUAAUAUUAACUUUAAUAGUAUGAUGCAAUUAGCCUUCAUGUUUUAUUUUCUGUAGAUUAUUAAUUUAGAAGCUGUCGAGAUUGGCAUAUCAGCAGGUCUGAUUAUCAAUUGCAGUUUUCCCUAGAAACUGGGCAGUGGUUUGAAUAGGAGGCUGGAUUAUAAAUAGGAGAGAGUACCCAAAAAAAGUAACUUGAUACUGACCCCUACUUAAAAGUUGUAAAGAUCAUUUUAUAAAGUUUUUGAAUUAUUUAAAUCUGUGACUAACUGAAAUGGUUUUUAAAAAAGGGCAUCCUAUAAGAUUAAAAAAAAUACUAACUUUUUAAGGUGGAGUACUUCUUUAAGGGUGAAAAUCUCUUUUUUUGGUUUUAAGGUAAUGUCAAGUGUGUAGAAUGAGGUAAGUGAAUACAAUCUGAUUUAAGAAGGUUUUUCUGCAUUUAUUGCAUAUUGGAUUGCAGCUGCUUGUAGCCCACAUCACCCAAAAAUUUUUUGUGGCAAAUUCACAAAAUGUAUUUCAAGUACUUUCCUCAACAUUUCCCCUUUACAAAUGUAAGCUAACCGUAGAAUUUUAAUUAAAUUAUCCAUACCUGUGUUACAUUUUUUAGAAAACCUGAGCUGUCAAUUAUAAAUUACCUGCCAGAUCUUUAAUUACCAUUACUUUCACUGGAGUCAUGCCCUUUCUUUUACCUGUUUUAUGUUGUAAUAAAUUCACUGAAGUCCUGGAUAUGCAAUACAGACUUGCUAAA